AUGUCCACCUUACCUCAAUACUAUGCCAUUCUUAACGUAUCUCCUACAGUGACUGCGGAUGAGAUACGUGCCGCAUACAAGCGAGAGUCUCUCAAGACUCAUCCGGACCGGCUACCAGGAACUGCCACCCCAGUCGACCGUCGGCGCGCCACCGAGCGCUUCCAAGCUGUCGCCGACGCAUACUACGUCCUCUCUGAUCCUCAGCGGAGGGCAGAGUACGACACACUCUUCAAAAGCCGCCCGUCAAACGCCUUUACCGAUGAAAAGUCCUCCGAGGCUGAGCAAGACCAAGCGAGCGGCUCCUUCUUUGAGCAGUUCACCUCUUACUUUCAAAACUCGACGGGUGCAUCUGGGGCCCACCCUCGGCCCGAUGCGAAUGGUGUCUUUGGCGAUGUGUUUGAAGAGAUGCUCGCUCCGGAAGUGGCUCAUGUCCGCCCCUGGUGGUCAUGGCUUGGGGGUGGAGCUGGAGCGACUAUUGGCUACAUUGUCGCCAAUGUUCCGGGCGCAGUAGCUGGCGGCUUUGCGGGAAAUCGGCUGGGAGCUGUUCGGGAUGCCAAGGGCAAGAGCGUCGCUCAGGUCUUUACUGGAUUGCAGAGUUCUCAAAGGGCCGAGAUAUUACGCGCGCUGGCGUUCAAGGUGUUGGGUAGUAUGAGUGGCUAG